AUGUCAAAUAUAUGGUCGGUUUUUCAAGUAAGUACGGCACUAUCGUACAUUUCAAGCAAAUCUGAAUCAAAUAUGGAGAGUUCUCUUUAUCAAACUUUGGAGACAUACAAUUCCGAAAAUAUUAUAAAAGCAUCUGUUCUGGCCAGUGUAUGGCUGAGUUAUCAAAACAAGAGUAUGACCUUUGACGAGGUUUUGACAGAGGCUGGAAAUUAUUUCCAAGAAUAUACUGGCUUAGAAGAUUCUAAUAAAUAUCCAAUUGUUGUGGAAAUUAAACCAAGUGGUGGACCGGCAUGUGAAUCUUUGUUCACUCUGUACAGACGCUUACCAGGCAAUCAACAAAGCAACAUGAAGAACAAUAAUGCUUCAAAUGUUUUCAUUAGUGAAUGGCCGAAAUUUCCUGUUUACGUGAAACAUCUCAAUGUUGAAUCUAUCCAACAAGAUGAAUUCAUAGCCAGGACAGCGGAAUUCAGUGAACAGUUGAUAAAUAUGAAUGUUAACUUCAGUUCAGAUCCAUAUUAUUGGAUUAUAUAUAAUGAAGGAGGUGAUGCAGAGAUCUGGAUCAAAGCUGAUUAACGCUGAUCAUCAUUAAUCAGAUCAAUGAUAGAGUAUACACAUAUCAUGAUUUGUGAAACAUCUCAGGGCAGUAGAAUUCUGCUUAUUUUUAUAAAUUAUAUAUAUGUUAUAUAUUUUAGAUUUUAUUUGGAAUUAUAUAAGAUAUUUCUUUUCAA